UUGGGUCAUGCCCGUCUCGCAGACUUUGAUCUGAAGGAAGGCUAUGUCAACCUCAAUGCCGGCUCCUUCGGAGUAUGUCCCAAGCGUGUCCGUGAGGCAUAUAAUCGUCAUUCUCUGGCUAUCGAAGCCAAUCCAGAUCUGUUCCUUCGCUUCAACUAUGCAGAUUCGCUGGCCCAUGUCAGACGGCAAAUCGCAGAUCUGAUUCGCAGCGAUGCUGGCGAGCUAGCUUUUGUCACAAACGCUACAGUUGGCGUCAAUACCAUCUUACGCUCUUUGGCCUCCACAAAGGUUGCAGACAAGAUGGGUAUGGCUUACUUCUCUACAAUCUACGGAGCAUGCGGCAACACAGUGGAGUACCUCGUCGACCACACUAAGCACAUCUAUUCUCAGGAAAUACCCCUCGCCUACCCAAUUUCCCAUGCGGACAUCUUGCAAAAGGCUGAAGCUCUCCUUCAAUCAGACAAGGACAUCAAUGUAUUUGUCUUUGACCUAAUUUCAUCCCUGCCAGGAGUCAAGAUGCCCUGGGUUGAGUUGAUCCAGCUGUGUCGCAAGCACGAUGUCUACUCUGUGGUCGAUGCAGCCCAUGGUAUUGGACAUGUUCCACUCGAUUUACAGGCUGCAAACCCAGACUUUCUUGUUUCCAACUGCCACAAAUGGCUCUAUGGGUACAGGUCAACGGCCAUUUUACAUGUACCGAGCCGUAAUCAGCAUCUCAUCCAUGCUUUGCCAACAGGACACGGGUACUUGACCGACAAGAAGAAGAAGGCCGGUCUCGGGAAGCUCAUCGGUAUCGCCACAUCAGAGGGCGCCAAUGCAUUCAUUGCUGAAUUUGAGUACCCUGGCACCGUCGACAUGGCCGGAUUCUUGGCCUUGGAAGAGUCUAUUGCGUAUCGCGCCUCUCUUGGAGGCGAGGCCUGCAUCAGGGAAUACUGCCAGAAGCUUGUCCAGGACGGGGCAGAAAAGGUGGCACAGAUGCUCGGUACUAGCGUCUUGCAAACAGAAGAAGGCUGCAGCAUGGCUCAAGUAGUGUUGCCCAUUGAUUGGGAAGCUGACCAGCAAAAGAUGACGCCGAACGAACGCAGUAUCUGGCUCAUCAAAACGGCCAUGGACGAUUACAACUGCUGCUUUUCGCCGUUUGUGCACAAUCGAAUGUGGUAUGCUCGUUUGUCUGCGCAAAUCUUCAACGAGUUGAAGGACUUUGAGUAUGUUGGAACAGUCUUGACAAAGCUGCUCAAAGAGAUGUAG